AUGAUGCAAGAAGCUUAUGCACGUCUUCCUGCCUUUAAUCCAUUCUCAGUUGAUGAACUUCGACGAGUAACUGCGAUAGUUCGUGCACCCUGGACCGAAGGUGGACCAACCAUGAAGCGGAUAGAAGAAAAACAUGUUGGUGAUUAUUCAACACGCAUUCGCAUUUACUAUCCAGAAGAUAGUCAAAUUCUUCCAGCACUCAUUUACAUACAUGGAGGUGGUUGGACAAUCUUUAGUCUUGAUACACACGAUCGACUGAUGAGAGAAUAUGCAGAUCGAGGCAGAAUUGCCGUUAUUGGCGUAGAUUAUAGUCUGUCACCAGAAGUAAAAUAUCCACGAGCCAUCAAUGAAAUCGUCUCAGUAGUUCAAUGGUUGAGAAAACAAAAUUCAACAGAAUUAAGUAUCGAUCUGCACCGAAUAGCGAUCGGUGGUGAUUCAGCCGGUGCAAAUCUUAGUGUUGCAGCCAAUCUGUACUUGCGCGAUCUAAAUGAACCGGUUCUGACGGCUCAACUUCUCAAUUAUGGUGUCUAUGAUCGUGUUAGAUCUGAGUCAAAUUCAUGCAUGCGUUACGAUGGUCCUAGAUAUCGAUUAACUGUAGACGAAAUGCAUUUUUUUCAGAAGAAUUAUGUGCGAGAUGAGCGAGAUUUCGACGAUCCACUCGUAUGUCCUCUUCAUGCCGAUCUUCAUGGUCUUCCACCGAGUUUUCUUGCUAUUGCUGAAUGCGAUGUUCUUGCGGAUGAAAAUCGAGCCAUGGCUGAGGCGUUACGUAAUGCUAAUGUUGAGGUUGAAGAACGUGUCUAUCAAGGAGCAACACACAGCUUCCUUGAAGCUGUUCGCAUUGCAGCAAUCAGUGAUAGAGCUUUGAAUGAAACUACUUGUUGGCUUGUUCAACAACUUAACCGUGAGAUUAAAGAUUCCCGUCAAUAUCAUAAUACCUUGCCUAUUAACAUGUGUCAACCAGAAUAA